UGCCCCCCGAGGCCCGUGCUGUGCACCCUGGAGACCACCGCGUCCGAAAUCGCCCUCCGCCUCAGCCACCUGGGCGGCAAGACCACGUCCGUGGUGCGCAUCGGGGCCCGACUUCAGCCGACCGCCGACUUCAAUGGGAACCGUCGCUCCCGCGAGGACGUGGUCGGGUCGGAACCGGGCGACAGACUCCGACUCUUACUGCUCCAGACGGUCCCCGGCGCGGAGCUGUUUUCCUCGCUCGGACUCCGACGUGCUGCUGGAUAACCUGCGGGCGCCGGACGAUGAAGACGAGGAGGACGAGUGCGCCAGUGUCCCGGGGAGGAACUCUGUCUCGGACGACGAGCUGAGCUCCAAACUGGGCGAGCACCGUGACUCCCUGAGCGACGACAUGGUGUUGGGUACGGACGCGUCGGCGCUGAGUCCGACGUUCGACAGCGCCACGGAGGGUCUGGAUACGUACGGCAGCUCCUCUGACGAGCUGGAGCUGGAGGGCCCCCUGAGCGGCACCGCCGAACCCGUCCUUCCGGACCUGUGCGGCUUCACCGAGGACCGACCCGAGCAAACCAGCCUGACCUCGGAUUCUGUAUCAAAGCCGGACGACCUCCCCGCGUCCCCCACGUCCCGGUCCCGGGUGGGUUCUGGGUCCGAGCACGGCUCUUCUCCGGCACUGUACGUGCAGCUGCACGGCGAGGCGGCCCGUCGGCUCGACCCGGACGAACGACCGCUGCAGCUGCAGAACGACUUCCUGUUCCGGCUGGGCUUUAAGGACCCGUGGCGCGUCCAGGAGGAAGGCAUGAACACGGAGUUAGGAUCCCUGCUACGCUUCUACGCAGGGAAGCCGUACAGCAUGGCAAGCUCUGAGCGUGUGCAGCUCUCCGGGACGUACAACGUACGCAAAGGCAAACUGCAACUCCCCGUGAACCGAUGGAGCCGCAGACACGUCAUCCUGUGUGGCACGUGCCUGAUGGUGUCAUCAAUUAAAGCCAGUCACGCAGGCAAAAUGCACAUCUUGCCCCUGAUCGGCGGAAAGGUAGAGGAGGUGAAGAAACACAGCCACUGUUUGGCCUUCAGCUCAGCUGGGCCCCAGAAUCAGACCUACUACAUCAGCUUCGACAGCUUCACAGAGCACCUGCGUUGGCACCGUCACGCCUCCAAGAUGGUGUCCCAGAGGAUCAGUUCAGUGGAUCUGUCCUGCUGUAGUUUGGAGAAACUUCCUCCGAACCUUCUUUACAGCCACGACCUCACUCACCUCAACCUGAAACACAACUUCCUCCCAGCAGAUAACUCCCUGCAGCAGCUCCAGAGAUUCUCCCGCUUGCGAAGUCUGAACCUGUCGAAUAACCAGCUGGGAACGUUUCCCCUGGAGCUGAGCUCCAUCUCCACCCUCACCGAACUCAACCUCAGCUGCAACUGCAUCAGCAACCUCCACCCCAGUGUGGGCAACAUGCACAACCUGCAGACGCUGCUGUUGGACGGGAACAUGUUGUCGUCCUUGCCGGCGGAUUUGGGCUCCCUGCAGCGUCUCUGCUACCUCGGACUCUCCUUUAACGAGUUCAGCGUCGUGCCCGGUGUCCUGGAGCGACUCGGCGGCGUCGAGCGCCUCUGCAUGGCCGGGAACCGAGUGGAGCAGCUCGAGCUGCAGUCCUUCCGCCUGCUGAGCAUCAAAUACGUCGACCUGCGACUAAACCGGAUCUCCAGCGUGGUGCCGGACGAGCCGGACUUCCUGCGUCACGUGACCCAGUUGGACGUACGGGACAAUUGUCUGAGCGAACUGGACGCCUCGCUGUUUCCUCGUCUAGAGGUGCUGCACUGCCAGAGAAACCGCAUCACGCGUCUCCGUCUCCGUGGCUGCACGCUCAAAGCCCUGUACGCCUCCAACAACGAAAUCCGGGAUCUAGAAGCGAGUCCGAUUGUGUCAAAUCUCACCUACAUGGACGUCUCAAGGAACUGUCUGGAGGUGUUACCGGUGUGGCUGAGUGACACCAAGAAGCUGGAAGUGUUGGACGUCAGUCAUAACUACAUCAGAGAGCUGCCUCAGUGGUUGUUUUGCAGUAGCAGUCUGAGGAAGGUCCUGGCAGGUCAUAAUCGUCUGCAGCGUCUCCCUGAGCGAGUGGAGAAGCCCAUGGUCGAAGUGUUAGAUGUCCAGCACAACCAUUUAGUCGAGCUGCCAUGUAACCUUUUCCUUAAGUCUAACAGUUUAAGGUGCCUAAACGCCUCGGCCAAUAAACUCGAGAGUCUGCCGCCCUCCAGCCUAUCAGACGAGAGCAACAGCAUCCUGCAGGAGCUCUACCUGACCAACAACCACCUGACUGACAAGUGUGUGCCUCUGCUCACCGGACACACACACCUGAGGGUCCUGCACAUGGCCUACAAUAACCUGCAGACCUUCCCUGCCAGUAAAAUGGCAAAGCUGGAGGAGCUUGAGGAAGUGGACCUGAGUGGGAACAGACUGAAGGCCGUACCCACCACCAUCCUGAACUGCCGACGCAUGCACACACUCAUCGCCCACUCCAACACCAUCGAGGUUUUCCCUGAGGUCAUGCAGCUCAUGGAUAUGAAGUGUGUGGAUCUGAGCUGUAAUGAGUUGGUGGAGAUCACACUGCCUGAGAACCUGCCUCCUAAACUGCAGGAGUUAGACCUGACGGGAAACCCGCGCCUCAACCUGGACCACAAAACCCUAGAACAGCUCAACAACAUCCGCUGUUUCCGGAUCGACCCGCCCCCUACUUCCUUCUCCACCAAUGAGACAGCAGGUGGGCCGGCUGUCUGGAAUCACGGCUACACCGAGGCAUCGGGAGUGAAGAACAAACUGUGUGUGGCGGCUCUGUCAGUGAGCAGCUUCUGCGGCAGUAGAGAAGCUCUCUAUGGAGUGUUUGAUGGAGAUAGGAACGUGGAGGUGCCGUAUCUCCUACAGUGCACCAUGAAUGACAUUCUUGCCGAGGAGCUGCACCGAACCAAGAGCGAGGAGGAUUACAUGACCAACACCUUCCUCGUCAUGCAGAGGAAGCUGGGUACUGCUGGGCAGAAGUUAGGUGGUUCGGCAGUUCUCUGUCACAUCCGGCACGACCCGACGGACCCGGCAGGCUGCUUCACGCUCACUGCAGCCAACGUGGGGAAGUGUCAGGCGGUGUUAUGUCGUGACGGUAAAGCCCUGCCACUGUCUCUACUAUACAACAUCGGCCUGGAGGAGGAGUAUAACCGAAUACGGCAACACAAAGCCAUCAUCACUGAGGACAACAAAGUAAACGGUGUGACUGAUUCCACAAGGAUCAUGGGCUACUCCUUUCUGUACCCAGCUGUGCUGCCACGGCCGUAUGUUCACACACUUCCACUAACACCACGUGACGAGUUCUUUAUCUUGGGCAGUCGUGGACUGUUUGAAGCAUUAGACCCUGCCGAGGCAGUGGAGGCUGUACGGAAGGUUCCGGAUCCUCUUGCCGCUGCUAAGAAACUGUGCACUCUUGCCCAGGCGUAUGGCUGUACCGAGAGCCUGAGUGCUGUGGUAGUGCAGCUAAGCGUGACUGAGGACUGCUGCUGCUGCUGCUGUUGCUCUUCCUCGAAUGGCCUCCACACGACCCCACAGCCCCCUCCAAGUCCUGGUCCCAGUGCGGGCCUUUACCCACCCACAGCUGGAAUCCCACCAUCUUCUUGCAGCGAGAUCAGCUCAGAGGUCAGCGCCUCAGAGAUGAGCUCGGAAGUCGGGUCCACGGCUUCCUCUGACGAACCCUCGAUCUUGCUCCAGGAGGCACACCUUCACCUCCACCAACCUCCGAACUCGAACCCAAACCCACGCCUGCUCUCCUGCUGCUCUCUUCACCCCACCCCGACUUCGUCUGCCAUUAUGGCCCCCAGUUUCAGCUCUUUUCAGCGUCAGUUAUCCAGUGCUACUUUCUCCAGCGCGCUCUCAGAUAACGGUCUGGACAGUGAGGACGAAGAGCCAAUCGCUGGCGUCUUUUCCAACGGCAGCCGCCUUGAAGUGGAGGCCGACGUGCACUGCUUGCGCCUCCUCGCCCCUCCUCCUCCCCCUCCUCCAUGCACGCCGGAAAUUCCAGACGAAGUGGUACCUCCGGAAAUGGAAACGGUCACCAGUGAUCCUGAGAAAGACGGGAAGCAAAUCGAGAAACCCGGGAACAACGCAACAUCCGAAUCAUGGAACAAGACCCUUUCCCGCAGGAGAGGCAACGGCUCAGUGGCUCCACACGAAAUGAGCCACAACUUGAUUGAAGUGGCAGCCGAGGCACCGUCUAAAAAGUCCGGGGGGUAUUUCACUGCCCCGGCGAUGCCCGACCCUGACGACCAGCUCAUCAUUCCGCCUGAACUAGAGGAAGAAGUGAAAGAGAUAAUGAAGCAGCACCAGCAGGAGCAACAGAAGCCCAGCAAGAUCGAGCAACCUGCUGAUUACUUCGACACGCCGCUGUGAUGGCACAGCACGGUUUCGCAGUCCCGCUCUCAGACUACCACUGCACUGAACAGUCCAGUGUUUUCCCUGCUGAUUGCACUGAGAGUGGGAUUAUUAGCAUAUUAGCUGAGCCAGGCGUUAAUUGGGAAAACAUAACCACUGUUAAGGUAUUACUGAGCACCGGGACUGAAAAACCCUGCUGUUUUUACCACAGUGUCCGCAAGGAUUCAUUCCUGGCCUGGAGAAAAAACACCUUUAUUUCGCUAAUAAGUGAAGAGCAUUUAGGAUUAGUGAAAUUGGCUGUACUUGUCUAUAAACUACUUGCACUAUAGCGUGACGUUUAUCUGCUACGCCUCUGUUUACUCAAUGUUGCAUCGUCUGUUAGUGAAAUCACUGCCUUUAUAUGUGGUGUUUAUAAUAUUUUAAGUUUGAGCCUCAUUUGGCGUUAAGGACCCCGGUCCAGGAGAUAAUAUGGCAGAUGCCUAGUGGCCCCCAGAUACACAAGAGGACACAACCAAGAAUUGCAUAACUUGAGCAAAAUACUUGUAAUCAAGGUGUAUUUAGUAUCUGGAGAUUUCGCCCAAGGUAACACAGGUCUAAUAAGACAUUCAUGUUGUGUCCCCAAUGAAUUUUUUUUUUAUUAUUAUUUAAAUGUCAUCUUGCUUAAGUUCCUGUGGCCACAAAUUUUUCCACGUCUCCAAUUAAUUUAAUUGUUUAUGCACAACCUCAUGUGCUAGCGUAUGUUUUAAUUGGCGUCCGCGACAAAAUGUUAUCUAAAUAGGCUGAUGAUGCUACAAAGCAGAUCGGCGUGUUCGCUAUGCGCCAAAUCAACAACAAGAAGUUACAGGAAACCAGGCAAUGAUAUCACUGACCUAACAGGAAGUGAACGGAUCGUUCCAGAUCAACGUCAUGCUACACCGUGAAAGUAAUCUAUAGACCUGCAGACUUGGCAGCUCUCUAGAUUUCAAUUUAAGAGCCAUUUUCGACCAACAGCUUCAUCACAUCCUCAUUAGCACAAAUCCCUUCAUUCCAGGACCCUCUCCCCGAGCCGACCGACAGGACGCCAUAGAAUCCCUUUAAGAGACUCCGGUGCAGACACUACCUUGCCCCGCCCAUUUUGCGAGCUCAGAAUCAGCCGACUACUGACCUAUCGACUGUCUGUUUUACAGUUUUACAUUGAAUUUUUUUUUUGUUUUUUUUUUACGUCGAAAAGUUGACAGUAUCUAUAGAGUUCAACACUAGCCUUGCGAAGUUCUAACGCAUCACCGCUCAACGAUCCUUUUUUUUUUUUUUUUUUGUGAAAAGACUUACCAUAUCUUUUAUACAAGGAAACACUGCAAAAGACUGACGAGAAACGAGGAAACAAAUAAACCAAGAGGCAAAGCGCUGAAGCGUUUUGUUCGAGGUGGUGAUGUGUAGUGCACACCGGUUAAUACCACGCUUAUCUGUUUGUAGAUAGGGCACUUACGUAAGACUGUAUUUCUUCACUAAAUCGAGGCCUCGGUGCCUGUAAAACUAGAAAUUUAGUAGAAAUUGAAAAAAGACUAACUCCUAGGAGUUGCUUACUCUUUUAUGGUGACCUAGUCACUUUUUUUUUACUAAUCUUCUCUGCGAGAAAUGGUGAUUGUUUUUUUUGUUCUUUUUUUUUUUUUUUUUUUUUCUCCUCCAAUGACUGUAAAUAAGAAAUAUUGUAUACGGAUGCUUUUUAAAGGAACUGCGUGUGUCUGUGAUAAGCUUAUUCCUUCCUCACACAAAGGUAUUAAAAAAAUAAAAACGCUGCAACAAACGACUUUAAAAACAAAAAAAAACUAAAACAAGGACCGAACACGAUUACUGCUCGCUCUUGUUCUCACUGUCCGGAUAACCACCAAAAUAAACAGCUCAUUCUUCCGUUGUCACCAGCAUGACCAGUAAAGAGGAUCUGUAAUCAAACCACACGAAAUGUUCUUCUUUUUUUUUUUUUUUUUUUUUUUU